AAGGCAGUUGCGGCGGAUGAAGAGGAGAGUGAACUUAACGACAGCACGUUGCAUAUAAAUUACUAAUAAAUUUGGACGGUUAGGAUCGUUUUAUAGGGUUUGAUCUAAGGGUUUGAGGAGCCACCGCGUCUACAAAUCCAGCCAUGAAUCGGUGGUUUAUUGAUUUGCAUUUGGUUUCGGCUGUUCCAUUCCACCCUAAUUGAGCCUCCUCUCCUUUUUCUCUCUCGCUUAUCUUCUUCUUCUUCAGCCUGCGGUUAUCAUCAACAUAUACAUCGCCAUGGAUUUCAUCUCUCACUAGCUCUAAAACCUCGAUUCAUAAGCCCUUUUUUGCGUUCUCCCUUCUCUUCAUUAUUAUCCUUCUUCUUCUUAUUCUUCUUCUUCUUCUUCUUUCUUCCAAUUUGAAUCUGUAAUUUUGUUUGUUCUUUUGAUUUUGAGCGGUACUCAAGAGUGGGAGAAGAUGCCAUCGAACGGCCCUGAUUCGCAGCCGCAGCAGCAGGCGGCGCAUCAGACAGAGCAGAAUCAGCAAACGCACAAACAGCCGCAGCCGCAGCGGUGGAUGGCGAUGCAGUAUCCGGCGGCGGCGAUGAUAAUGCAGCACCCGAUGAUGCCGCCGCAGCAUUACGUUCCUCCGCCUUCACCGCACUAUAUACCGUACCGUCAAUACCCGCCGCCGCAUCAGCUUAAUGGCCAGCAGCACCAGCAGCCACACCAGGGAUCCACCAGCGAGAACAAGACUAUUUGGGUUGGCGAUUUGCAGCAUUGGAUGGAUGAGAAUUACCUCCAUAGCUGCUUCGCAUCCACCGGCGAGAUUUCUUCCCUUAAAGUCAUUCGUAAUAAGCAAACUGGUAUAUCAGAAGGCUAUGGAUUUGUAGAAUUUUUCUCUCAUACAACAGCAGAGAAAGUUCUGCAGAACUAUUCUUCAAUUUUGAUGCCUAAUACUGAGCAAGCUUUCCGGCUAAACUGGGCAACUUUUAGCACUGGCGACAAGCGUUCAGAAAAUGGUUCUGAUCUUUCUAUUUUUGUAGGAGAUUUAGCAGCGGAUGUUACUGACAGUGUACUGCAUGAAACUUUUGCUAGUAAAUAUUCAUCUGUCAAAGCAGCAAAAGUUGUCUAUGACCCAAAUACUGGUUGUUCAAAAGGUUAUGGUUUUGUAAGGUUUGGUGAUGAUAAUGAGAGGUCUCAGGCCAUGACUGAAAUGAAUGGCAUAUAUUGCUCAAGCAGGCCUAUGCGCAUUGGUGCAGCAACGCCCAAAAAGUCAUCUGGAUAUCAGCAGCAAUAUUCUUCACAAGGAUAUGCAUCAAAUGGUUCAUUCUCCCAUGGACACCAGUCUGAUGGAGAUUUUACAAAUACAACUAUAUUCAUUGGAGGGCUUGAUCCAAAUGUUACUGAUGAAGAUCUUAAGCAGCUCUUUUCUCAGCAUGGAGAAAUAGUAUCUGUUAAAAUACCAGUUGGAAAAGGUUGUGGUUUCAUCCAAUUUGCAAACAGAAAAAAUGCUGAGGAGGCAUUGCAGAAAUUAAAUGGAACUGUGAUUGGCAAGCAAACAGUACGUCUUUCUUGGGGACGUAGUCCGACAAAUAAGCAGUACCGAGCUGAUUAUGGUAACCACUGGAGUGGAGCCUACUAUGGAGGACAAAUGUAUGGUGGAUAUGGAUACGCUCUGCCGCUACCUUAUGAUCCACCAACCAUGUAUGCAGCAGCCUAUGGAGCUUACCCUAUGUAUGGCACCCAUCAACAGCAAGUGAACUGAUGAUUGGAAGGUAGAGAAAACAAUCUAUAGUUCUUAUACAUCGCAAUUGUCCCGCCGGAAGCCUGGGGUGGGCAAAUCUUCUACGUUUCUCUGUAGGAUCUCACUCUAUCUAUAAUGAGCAAAGUUGGUUCAUUCCUGAAUGUUCAACUUUGUUCUCGAGGUUUGCUAUAAAUCCCUCCAUCCGUGGAGUGGAACCGAAUUUUGAUGGACCUGAGUUAUGUAGAAUAUGAUUUACUAACUAUUCGUUUGAGACUGCGAGAACUAAUAAGGAACUUAAAUGUUUAUUAGAAUAUAUAAUGUUAUGGCGUGUAGCGUUAGCUAA